UCGAACGAAUUUCAUCUUGACCAUUACAAUGACUUCCCCUUUUGUAUUGUUGUUUACCUUGAUCGCUUAUUGUCAAGCGUUUACUAUUGACCAGUGUCCAUCUUUUAAAGGUGAAAAAGUAGCUAUUGGAAUCGAUGAAAAGUAUUGUUAUAUUUUUUUCGAUAGAAAGUUAACUUUCAGUGAUUCAAUCGAAUUCUGUAGUGCUCGAAAUGGCCAAAUUCCUUAUUCGCUAACUCGAGAUUCUCCUUUACUUUAUAAUAAUAUUCGAAUACUCAAUGAAUUAGAAAAAAGUGACAUCAAAUGGGUCAAUUUCUGGACUCAAGGAAUAUCCAAUUGUGGUAAACUCAAUGUUCUAAGUGGAAAAUUAACUCAUGAAGUUUCGUGUUCUGGUACAAGACAAGUUGCUUGUCAGUUCGAACCAACCUCACAAUGGUCAUCUCCAUCUUCACCUCCGCUACCUCACCGAUUAAGCUUGCAAAAUACUGGAAUUUACAUAAUUUUCGUAAUGGCCAUUUCAAUGAUAAUCUGUGAGAUUUUAGUUCGAUCCCAACCAGCGAGUAUUAAAUUAAAUGGUCCUGACGGUGUGGAGAUCAAACUGAACAUCGAUAUUGAAACUCUUCGAUAUGUAACUCGAAAAUUGGACUCUAAGAAUAUAACUGUUUCUAUCUCUUCAAACUCGGACGGAAUCAGAAAUGAAAUCGAGGUCAAUUCCGUCAAAAUAGAUUCUAAUUAAGAGACACAACCGAUUUAUUGACAAGAAAAUAAAGUUCAUCGAUGAGAAGUAUUUCUAAAUUGUUCAUGUUUAAUUUCAUCUCUGCCUAAGGAACUUUUCCCAAUAUUAGAAU